AUGGAACAAAAGGAAGCAAAAUGCUAUCCUGGCUGGAAGCUAGACUUGCGACACAUCCCUGACAACAAUGCCAUCGAAUACCCCAUGGGCAUCCAUCCAGACUGCAUGAAAAAAUCCUCGCCCAUCACGGUCCGGGAGGUGGCCAUGAUGCUAGUCAUGGACCGCCUGUCCGACAAGCCUGAUUGGCACGUCAAGGGCUUUGACGAUGCCAUCGCCGACAAGUGGCGCAAGGAGGCUCUGGCCUGGCCUGAGGAGGACCUCUGGAACCGCAUCGACCACAUCCAACGCGACCCAUCGGGAGACCACAGUUGGUACCCAAAAAGAGCCAAAAACGUUCUCGACCAGGCCUCGGUCGAGUACUGCAUCGAGGAGCUCCGCCACAAAGCCGAAUACUUCAAGAGGACAUCCCUCGUUCCCACCCUCGAUGCCAGUUACAUGGCUGCCAAGUCGGACACUCUUGUGUCUCCUCAGCUUCAGGCUGCUCUGAAAGAGGGGUUUGAUCGUCUACAGGCCGAUCAAGCGAUGAAUCCAGACUGGCAUCCUAACACGAACGAAACGGUCCAGGAUCUUGUCCACCCAUCCAUGUAUCCCUUGGUCUACGGCCGUUCGCGUUUCUUCGAGGACGAAGUCGUCGGAGUGGAAGAUGCCAUCGAUAAAUGGGCUGGCAAGGGUGUUGUUAUCCCCAAGUGGAUCGAAACCCGUGCCCAGACAAACGUUCGAGGGUCUGUGUUUGGGAAAAACGUUGAAUACAGCUAUUGGUCCGACGACUACCAGUGGCUACCGGCAAACGUCAAGUUCACCGAAGAGGAGGGGGUGAAAUUCACCAGUUAUAUCAACAACCUGCACCCAGUCAAGUACAAGGGCAUCUACCGAAGCCUGGAACAACUGAUUGAGAAGGCCCUGCCCAUGUGGGACCAAUGCCUGACUCAGAUCCAUGGUGGUUGGAAGGCUAUCGCCGCCGGCCGCACGGAACCUCGCAUGAUCCCUGAGAAUCCUGAUGACGAAAAUGAGGAGCUUUGGAUGCCCAAGGAAUCUUUGACCAGCAAUGAAAGCAAAAAGGGGGUCGGGAGAGUCGGAAACUGGCAGAUACACAAUCCGGACGAGGAGGGCUUGGAAGAGGAAGAUGCGGAGGAGGAGAACGACGAAGACGAAGAGGACGAAGACGAAGAGGACAAAGGCGAGCCUGUCUUCCCUCCGCCACCACCCUUGUCCACAAUCCCCAAAGUCAAGUACGACGUCACCCCAAAGAGAACCCUCCGCCACAAGUUCAAAGACACCGGUCUUCAGAUCAUCGUCAAGAUGGCCUCCAUCGAGCUCACUCCCGAGAAACCAGAGUGCCCAGCUGGCGGCUGGCACGUCGAGGGCAUGAUGAACGAGCACAUUGUCGGCACCGCGCUGUACUACCUCGACUCGGAAAACAUCACCGAGAGCCAGCUCGAGUUCCGCACCUGCACAGACGAUUACCUACAAGACGAGGGCCCGUUUGAAAACAUUGGACAAGACGGCUUUCACUGGAUGCAGAGCGUCUACGGCGCGUUUUUUGGUUCUGGCUCCGGCUCGGCUUGUCUUCAGCACUACGGCAGCGUGCUCACUCCUCAGGGGAGGAUGCUUGCUUUCCCCAACGUGUUCCACCAUCGGGUCUCUGGGUUCAAGCUCGCUGAUCCGACCAGACCGGGGCACAGGCGAUUUAUUGCCCUCUGGCUUGUUGAUCCCUUCACGAGGAUCAUCAGCACCGCCAACGUCCCGCCUCAGCAGGCUGAAUGGUGGGCUGAUCUAACGUUCCGCGGCCGGGCCGGCUCAGCUGACUCUGGGUCUGAGGGAAAGAUCCCGGCGGAGAUGGCCCAGAUUUUGCUUGAGAGGGGAUUGGCAAAGGAGCAACUUGCCGAGGCUAUGGCGAGCGGUAAAGUGGCUUCGGCGUGGAAACUGCCCCCUGAGCUGGUGGAGAUGGUGCGGCAGGAGUUGGGAGAUGCGUUGCCGAUGACCAGGAAGGAGGCCGAGGAGCAUCGUCUGGAGUUGAUGAAGGAGAGGUCGGGGUUUGUAAAGAAUGCCGAGUCGACGUGGAGGGAGAAGGAGUAUAGCUUUUGUGAGCAUUAG